GCCGCGGCGCCAUUGUUGAUUACGCGAAUACGGGGGAAAGUUGUGGUUGUGGUGACGCCGGUGACAAAAGUUUUGUUUAAAUAAUAAUUAUUUAUAACUUACAAUUAAAUUUAAAAAUAAAUAUAUGAUUUUCAAUCAGCCGGAAAUGUGUACAACUAUCGGAUAUUCCGGUUCGCAAGAAUCGGAUUUGUACGACUCCACUGUUUUUGAUGAAAUAAGUUCUCACGUAGACUUAUCAAAUUUGCCGAUACUAGAAAAUGAAGAAGAGUCAAUGGAAAGAAAAUACGACUUGCAUCCACAGCAAGACAAUAUUAAUAAUCCCAAUGGGAUAGCUAUUGAUCCAUUGCAAUUCGAUCCACGGCAAUCGUCAAUUACGGUACCGAUUAUCGAGGAAUUCCCUGGGAAAUAUAAUUUUGAAUUAUUUAUACCCCAGGGUAAAGGCAAAAGUAGCGUCUACUCGACUGCACUGAGAAAAAUCUUCAUCGAUAUGGAGCAGCGGCAGCCAUUACGCUUCCAAUGGUCACCGGCUGUUGAAAAUUUAUAUCUCCGAACGACUCUCGUUUUUGCAGAAGAUCGUUACCGCGGAGAACCAGUGUUGCGCUGCCACAAUCACAUCGGGACUGACAGUCCAUCGAAUCGAAAUAUGUCCCCGCUAAUUCUAAAACAAGUCGUCCGUUGCAUUCAUCCCCGUAGUUUUUACGAGGACAUAAACGGACAUAAUUCCGUAAUAAUUCCCCUGGGUGCUCCUCAGCCAGGCUGCUCUUAUGUUCCUCUUGAUUUUAUGUUUUACUGUAAAAACAGCUGCUCUACUGGAAUGAAUCGUCGCGCAACUCAGCUGGUAUUCACUUUAGAAACUGAGACACGCGAAAUAGUCGGACGCCGUAGCAUCGAAGUCCGUGUCUGCAGUUGCCCGAAGCGCGACAAAGAAAAAGAAGAAGAAUCUUUAACUUCCCGGGGUAAAAAACGUAAAGCUAAAAAAAUUCCCAUUAAUUGUAAUAAUAGUUCGUUACAAUCAUUGCCGUCAUUCGGGUCCAUUUUACCCCAGCCACCGCCAGGUAAAAGAAUUUUAAUGCAAGCAAAUAAAGAUCAGUCAAUAAAUUUGACUAUCAGAGUCCCGUCUAAAGAAGUCGCUAAAAGUGUUUUAGAAAAUUCUUAUAAUAUUCUUGCGGGCAGAGCUGCACUCACGGGAGAUUAUGCAUUUUAUUAUCCUUAUAUGAAGGAAAUACACAGUACUAAUAAUAGUUUGAGUAAUAAUUAGCUUAAGUUAUUGUUAAAUAUAGUGAAUAUGUAAUUUUUUUUUUUUUAAUACGUUUAUUUUUACGGAAACUACUGAAUGUUGGCUCCACGAGCCGAAGGCUACUGCUGCCAAUGUACAAAAAAAUUUAGUUCUAUGACAUAAAACAUUCUUGACAAUUAUAUGUAUUGAUAAUCAAUAUUUUUGUCGUUAGAACGCACUCGUUUGACGUUGACCGUGAAGUUGGCUGCCUGAGCCAAAGGCUACUGCUGCCAUCAUACAGUAAAAUUUAUUUUUAUGACAUCAAAUUUAUUCUUAGUAAUUAUCUGUGCUAACAAUUGAUAUUUUUGUGGUUAGAAUACACUCAUUUUAUAUUGACUGCAAAGUUGGCUGACUGAGCCGAAGGCAACUGCUGCCAUCAUACAGUAAAAUUUAUUUAUAUGACAUCAAACUUAUUUUUUACAAUUAUCUGUGCUAGUAAUUAAAUUUUGUGAGGCUAGAAUAUACUUUUAUCACUUUGACCGUUAAAUUGACUGCCUGAGCCGAAGGCCGCUGCUGCCAUCAUACACUAAAGUUUACUUUUAUGACAUAAAACUUAUUUUUAACAAUUAUCUGUGCUAAUAAUUAACAUUUUUGUGGUUAGAAUUCACUUACCUUAUAUUGACUGAAAACCUGGCUGCCUUAGCCGAAGGCUACUGCUGCCAUCAUAUAGUAAAAAUUACUUUUAUGACAUCAAACUUAUUUUUAAUAAUUAUCUGUUCUAAUAAUUAAAUUUUGUGAGGCUAGAACACACUCCCGUUCGUUGACGAUGAAGUUGGCUGCCUGAGCCGAAGGCUACUGCUGCCAUCAUACAGUAAAAUUAACUUUUAUCACAUCACACUUAUUUUUCAUAAUUACUUGCAUUGAAACUUAAUAAAAAAAAUAUUUUUUAAAAAUGUAGUCAUUGAAAAAUUGAAUUUUUCGAGGCUCAUGUACACUCGUCCCAGGCGUGUACUAACAAAUUGUAAAUUAACUUGAAAAAAUGAAUUAUUGAGUCUACUGACUGUAUAAUCUUACUGACAACUCAUAUUUUAAAUUUCAUCAAAAUUGCUUGACCGUUGGCUCCACGAGCCGAAGGCUACUGCUGCCAUCAUUCAGUAAAAUUAACCCCCAUUACAUGGAACAUAUUUUUCAUAAUUAUCUAUACCCAUAAUCGACUUUUUCCCAGUAAAAACGCACUCGUUUCCCAUUGGUUUCACGAGCCGAAGGCUAGUGCUGCCCUUACUCAAUAAAAUCUUACCCGUUUUUUAUAAUUAAAAAUUACAUAUUCACUUUAAAAUUAUUUUUAUAAUUAAAAUAAUCGUUAUUAAUAAUUAAGUCUUCCAAAUUGUUAAAAAAAUAUGAAAUAUCAUAAAUUGGUUUAAAACUUCAUAUUCUAUAUUUUUAUGUGCCUUAAAAAUUUAUAGUACUAAGUAAUAAUAAUAGUAAUUAUUAUUAUUAUUAUUCAUAAACCGGUGAAAUAAGAAAUUGGUAAAAUUUUUUUCCACGAGCUUUCAUACUUUUUAAUGAACUUA